UGUGCCUUUUAUAGAUCAAUUGACAUCUUCCACUGAAUCAUGAAACUUAGUAACAUUGCAAUUCCAACAGCUUUGGCUAUUUUGGCAAACGCUGAGAAGGCGCCGGUGUUUAAGCCAUUCGAUAAGUCGCAGUUGUCGAAGAGUUCGUUCUUUGAGCAGUUCGACUCCGAUGACUGGUCGCAGUUGUGGAAGAUCUCAAAGGCGAAGAAGGAUGACGAGUUCAGUUAUACCGGUGAGUGGGCGGUUGAGGAGCACAAGAUCUUCCCGGGGUUGAAAGGCGAUAAAGGUUUGGUGUUGAAGACCAAAGCCGCCCACCACGCUAUCCACGUUCCCUUGGAAACACCUUUUGACAACACCGACAAUACCCUCGUUGCACAGUACGAGGUUAAGCUACAGGAGGGGUUGUCCUGUGGUGGUGCGUACGUGAAGUUGUUGAGCGCCGAAGGCGGUCCUUCAGAUGACGUUGAGUUCAACAACGAAUCCCCAUACCAGGUUAUGUUUGGUCCGGACAAGUGUGGAACUACAAACAAGGUGCACCUCAUUCUGAGACGUAAGAACCCAAAUACCGGGGUCUACGAGGAGAAGCACUUGGCUGUGCCACCAUUGGCUAGAACUGUCAAGACAUCGACACUUUACACUUUGAUUAUCGAGCCAACCCAGGAGUUUGAGAUUAGAAUCAACGGUGAAGUUGUCAAGGCUGGAAACUUGCUCGAUGAAGGAGUCUUUGAGCCAUCCUUUGACCCACCAAAGGAGAUUCCAGAUGAAUCUGAUGAAAAGCCAGCAGACUGGGACGACAGGGCCAAGAUCCCAGACCCUGAGCAAACUGAAAAACCAGAGGACUGGGAUGAGACUGCCCCAUACAUGAUCCCAGAUCCAGAAGCAGUUAAGCCAGAAUCUUGGGAUGAAUCCGCCGAAGAGUUUAUCCCAGAUCCAGAGGCUGAAAAGCCGGAGGAUUGGGACGAAGAGGAAGAUGGUGAAUGGAUUGCGCCAACCAUCCCAAACCCAGAGUGUGAAGCCCAUGGCUGCGGCAAAUGGAUUGCACCAAAGAUUAAAAACCCAGCUUAUAAGGGUAAGUGGACCCAGCCACUCAUUGACAACCCAGAUUACAAAGGUGAAUGGGCUCCAAAGAACAUUGCAAACCCAGAUUGGUACCACGAUGCUACACCUUCCGAUUUGGAACCAAUCGGUGCCAUCGGAUUCGAGUUGUGGUCUAUGGAUGCUGACAUUCUCUUUGAUGACAUCUAUUUGGGCCACAGUGUUGAAGAAGCCGAACUCAUUGGUAAUGAUACCUGGGCAAAGAAGUUCGAAUUGGAACAAGACGCAGUCUUGGCUUAUUCCGACGAUACCAAGGCCAAUGAUGAGUCUGGAGCUGAAGAAGAGGUUGUUAAAGCCACUGGUGGUGACGAUGCCUUUGCUCAACUCCAAUCCUUCAUUGACGAUGCUCAAGAGUAUCUCGAUUUGUUCAUGAGUGAUCCAGUCAACACGUUGAGUUCAAGACCUGCUGAAGCUGCUCUUUACGGUGGUCUCUCUUUCAUCGUGGCUUCCAUUGUCCUCUUUGUUGUUUCUUCGAUCUUGAAUGUAUUCACUCCAGCUCCAACCCAAGCAAAGAAGGAGAAGAACCCAGUUGCCGAAGCUGAGGCCGAGGUUGAGGUUGAACAAGUCGAGACAAAGGAGGAAACCACGUCCACAAGCGUCCAGGAGUAAAUAAAAAAGGACACGGAACAGUAUCGUUCAAGCCAAUGACGUCUGUAGAACGC